UUUAAAUCCGGGAACCAAAAAUUUACUCUUGGUUUAAGCCCAAUGGGGAAAUCCAGCAACGGGUCGAGAGUUCAAACAAACAGACAAAGGACAGAAACCUUCGCACACAGAGCAGACCUACCAGCAGAAGCCUCACACACCACAGCAAUGCUCUUACACUACUUAGAGGAAUACCUUGAUUUAAAGAGCUGGCUUAUAGGAGUUUUUCUUUUCCUACUACUUCUUGAUAUCAUCAGAAAUAAAAAUCCAUCUAAUUUUCCACCAGGACCAUGGUACCUACCUUUUGUGGGAAACAUUUUCAUGCAGCGUGACAUCAAAACAAUCGACAAGCUUGUCGAGAAAUAUGGAGAUGUUUUCAGCCUGCAUUGGGGCAGUGAGAAAACUGUGUUUAUCUCUGGACAUAACAUGGUGAAGGAAGCUCUCGUUACUCAGCUGGACAGCUUUGCAGACCGUCCUGUUAUCCCUCUCUUUCACAAAAUCUUUAAGGGACUAGGUGUAGUUUUCAGUAAUGGGUACCUGUGGAAAAACCAGAGGAAGUUUGUCCUCACAAACUUACGCCACUUUGGUGAAGGGAAGAAGACCCUAGAGCUGAGUAUCCAGCAGGAGAGCAUUUUUCUGUGUGAUGCUUUUAAAGCAGAACAGAGUCCUUUUGAUCCUCAGUUUUUCCUGAACAACGCAGUGUCAAACAUCAUCUCUGCAUUAGUUUUUGGUCACCGCUUUGAAUAUCAUGAUGAAAAUUUCCAGAAUAUCUUGCGUUUGGAUACUGAAGCUAUUGCUCUUUCUGGUUCUACACGAUCUCAGCUGUAUAAUGCCUUCCCUCGCCUCUUUGAAUACCUUCCUGGCCCUCAUCAGAAGAUUUUUGCCAACUAUGUGAAAAUAAUAGAGUUUGUAAAAGAAGAACUGAGAAAACACCAGGAGGACUGGGAUCCCUCAAAUCCUCGGGAUUACAUAGACAAUUUCCUUCUAGAAAUGGAGAAGAAAAAGAGUGAUCCUGCAGCUGGAUUUAACACUGAUACAUUAUUACUUACAAUGCUGGACAUAUUUGAAGCAGGGACAGAAACCACAUCCACUACAAUACGCUGGGGUCUUCUCUUCAUGAUGAAGUACCCUGAGAUACAGAAAAAGGUGCAGGCAGAGAUAGACGAAGUGAUUGGGCAGUCACGCCAGGCCAGCAUGGCAGACAAACCCAACAUGCCCUACACUGAAGCUGUUAUUCAUGAGAUUCAAAGGAUGGGCAACAUUGCGCCUCUGGGUAUCCCCAAGAUGGCCUCUAAAGAUACAGUACUGGGUGGAUUCUUCAUACCAAAGGGUACGUCUAUGACUACAAACCUGUCAUCUGUGCUGAAAGACAAAAACGUAUGGGAAACACCAGACACGUUUAAUCCAGGACACUUUCUGGAUGAUCAAGGCCAGUUUCUGAAGAAGGAUGCUUUCAUGUCCUUUUCAGCAGGUAAGAGAGCAUGUGUGGGGGAGCAGCUGGCUCGUAUGGAGCUCUUCCUGUUCUUCACCUCUCUACUGCAGUGCUUUACAUUCUCCCCUUGUCCUGGACCUGAGCUAAGCUUGGAGGGCCAGCUGGGCUUCAUAAAUGCACCCAAACCCUACCGCAUGUGUGUGACCCCACGCUAAGAGUCCAGACACAUUUAUGUAUGUUUUUAAGCUAGCUGAUGUAUGAAAUCAUAUCCUGACCCCAUGAUCGGAUUCUGAUCGGAUGAUCGGAUUCUGGCUAAGGAGGCGGUCGAGGAGAUACAAGCGGCUGUGCACAGGGUUGAGUCUGCGUCGCCGGAUGCGUUUGUGGAAUGUCUGGGGAUUUUAACCACUGCGCUGUGAAAAUAAGUGGGUCAUACUACUACCAACACGUCAAGUGCAACACACGGGGACAAACCAUAUUGGACCACUGUUACUCAAAGGUCAAGGACGCAUACAGAUCCAGAAG